UGGGCGGCACCUUAUGAAAUUGCCGCCACCAUUCUCCUUCUUCCUUCUUCCUUCGUCCUUUCUCCGUUCCUUCCUUCCUUCCAUGGCUAUGGCUUCCUCUUCUAAACUCUAGCUCCACCUACUUCCACUUCACACACACACACACACGAAAUUCCUUCUAAUAUCACCGAAAGUUCUCAUAUCCUCUUAUCGAUCAUCACAAAUUUAUGUUUUGUCCCAUUUUACAACCAAUGUCCGCAGAUUUUUCUCGUGGACACCGCAGAGAUUCGAGUUGAUACAAUGUUGUAGAAAUAUUUGUUGUUUUUUGUACUGUUUUCCUUUCGUGUUUCUGUGAAUAAGAAAAAUAAUUUUCCUGCUUCUUUCGUCGCGUUAACGUUGAUACUAAGGCAUUUGUAUGGAGAAAGAGAUGGAAACGGAUGAAGAAAUGAAAGAGGUCUACGACAAGCCAUUUGUUUGGGAGGAGAUUGAUUUGGAUUACGAGUUUGAUGUCGCUAUGUAUUACGAUUUCACUCGUCCCGAGACAGAGAAAGAGAUCAAGGAAGCCGAGGAUUGGUUCAAAUUUGCUGGAACCUAUCCACCCUCUCCAUUCGUCCUAAAACUGAAGGGGGAAGAAGAGGUUCAAGCAGAGUGCAACUCUAUGGAACUCAAGAAUGUCCAGAAUCACUGGGACGACCAUAAAAAUUCUGAGAUUAAUGAGAAUGAUCCAGAUAUUCUAGGAAUUAAUUUGAAGUCUACUAUCAAGGUAAAUCCACCAAGGUGUUCAACUUUUAUGAAACCAACAGCAAGCUAUUUGGCCAAGCAAAAUCAACCUCGGGGAAUACAUUCCAACACGGUUCUUCGAAGAUUUCAGUUCAGCUUGGGCGAUAGUAUAGAGAUCAGCUCUCAGCGGUCUUCAUUGAAUAUUAGUCAUGCUACCAAAAGGCAGAAGUUGGAGGCUGGUUAUUUUUCCAAUGUCCGACAUUCAAAGCGUCAAACAAGUUUGCUUCACAAAAUACCUAAAAAGGUUGUUUCAGAAGUUUUUCCACCUCUUACAAAAAUUAAAGCUACCAUACCUAGAGAGCCCAAUCUUGAGACAGCAAAUAGAGCACAAAGAGACAGUUUGAAUUUCAGGUCUAAAAUCGACAUGACAACAACUGAACAUAAUAAAUUGGAUGCUUCUAACUUUAAAGCACGGCCGCUGAACCGAAAAAUCCUUGAGGCUCCUACUUUGCUCCCACCAAAGAAGAGUAUACCGCAGAUGCCUGAAUUUCAAGUGUUUCAUCUUAAGACAUCAGAGAGGGCCGCACAACACACAUAUGUUGUAAGUAAAUCCUUACGUAAUUCACAAAGUGAAAGCAAGUGCACAAGAAGGCCAAGUCCUCUUCACGAUAUGAAACAAGAGAAAUGUGUAAAAGCCGAAAAAUGUAAAGCACGACCACUUGAUAAGAUGCUCUCAAAUAAUGAAGAAUGUGAUGUCUUUGUGAGUCGUAAAGAUGGAACAUCUGUCUACAAGGAAUUCAACUGUCUAGAUCAAAAGAGAUGUUCGGACGAGCUACCAACCAAAUUACUUAGCAAGCUCACCCUUUCGUCGGAUUGUAAUCAAUGCGGUACAAAAUUUCAUUGCAAAAUGCAUUUUCCGGACAACAUACUGCUCAAAAGAGAAUGUCACGGGCUUCCGUAAUCAAGAGCAUGAGGUCAUUGAUACUUUUGCCAAACUCACGAUGGCUUGUUGCGAAGCGAGACCUAACAUUGAGAUCACACUAACAGGUUUGCCCUUGAGUAAUGUGGAUGAUUAUUCACUUCUUUUCUUCUUCUUCUUAGCAAUUUAAUUCAUCUCCUGUUCAUAUUAUUAAUUUUUUCAUAUUUACUUCUUGAGUUACAAUAUUAUGAUUAUUUAUGUAAAUAUUUACUAAUUUCUUCA